AUGGGCAAGAAACGCAAACUGGGCAAGAGCCGGAGGGACAAGUUCUACCACCUGGCCAAGGAGACGGGCUUUCGCUCCCGCUCCUCCUUCAAGCUUCUGCAGCUCAAUAGGAAGUUCCAGUUCCUGCAGAAGGCUCGGGCGCUGCUGGACCUGUGCGCAGCUCCUGGCGGGUGGUUGCAGGUGGCUUCCAAAUUCAUGCCGGUUUCCAGCUUGAUCAUUGGGGUGGACUUGGUCCCCAUCAAGCCUAUUCCCAACGUGGUGACGCUGCAGGAGGACAUCACCACUGAGAAGUGCCGCCAGGCCCUGCGCAAGGAGCUGCAGACAUGGAAGGUGGAUGUGGUGCUCAAUGAUGGAGCACCCAACGUGGGAGCCAGCUGGGUGCAUGACGCCUACUCCCAAGCCAACCUGACCCUCAUGGCCCUGAAACUGGCCUGUGAAUUCCUCUGCAAGGGAGGCUGGUUCAUCACCAAGGUUUUUCGUUCCCGGGACUACCAGCCGCUCCUCUGGAUCUUUCAGCAGUUCUUCCACAAGGUCCAGGCCACCAAGCCACAAGCCUCCCGCAACGAGUCCGCUGAGAUCUUUGUGGUGUGCCAGGGUUAUCAGGCACCGGACAAAAUUGACAGCAAGUUUUUUGACCCAAAAUACGCCUUCAAGGAGGUGGAGGUUCAGACUAAAUCUGUAAGCGAGCUGGUCAGCAAAAAGAAGCCAAAGGCAGAAGGCUACGCAGAUGGCGACACGACCCUCUACCACCGCUUCACCCUGAUGGACUUCCUCAAGGCUCCCAACCCCGUGGACUUCCUCUCCAAGGCCAACGAAAUCACACUGGGGGACGGUGAGCUGGAGAAUCACAGUUCCACCACGGAGGAACUGCGUCAGUGCUGCAAGGACAUCCGCGUGCUGGGACGCAAAGAGCUCAGGUACUGGGGGGGACUGGGCGUGGUGGGAUGGGCCUGUCACCAGGAGAGAUGGUCUGAGCUCCUUCCUUUUGGCAGCCUGAGCUCCGGUGAAGAGGAGGAAGGCAAAGAGGAGGAGAAGGAGAAGAAGACAUCAAGAGUUGCAGCUGAUGGGGUGGUGAAAGAGGAAGAGGAGGAGGUAGAGCUGGCGUUGGCAGAGAUGAAGGCCAAGGAGCUGGCGGAGUUAAAGCGAAAGAAGAAGAAAAUCCUGAAGGAACAGCGGAAGCAGCGUGAGCGUGUGGAACUGAAGAUGGACCUCCCUGGUGUCUCCAUCGCCGAUGAUGGUGACACCAACUGUAGCUUGUUACUCGUCUCACUUGCGUGGCAGCUGCUGAACGAGGUGACCCGGGGGGACAUGGCGUCGGCAGAUGCCCUCCUGGAGAUAGGGCCUGGGGAUGAUGACAUUUACGUCUCGGAUCAUGAGGAAGAGGAUGACGUGUCCCUGGCCAGCGAUCUGGACCCGGAGGAGCUGGUUGAGAUAGAGGCCCGUCAGCGCCGUCUGGAGCGGGAGAGGCGAGAACAGGGUGCAAAGAGGGUGAAAUUUAAGCAGAAGGAAGAGGAGGAGGAAGGGGAGGAAGAGGAGAAUCCCCUGCUGGUGCCUCUGGAGGAGAAAUCAGUGCUGGAGGAACGGCAGACCAGCCUGUGGUUCGGGAAGGAUGCCUUUGCCGGCAUUGAGGAUGAUGCAGAUGAGGACCUGGAGCUGGGACAGUCACAGAUGUUGGCUGAGAGACAGCGAGAGUCUCAGAGAGACAAAACAACGAGGAAAGAGCAGAAGGUGGUACCCCAGGAGGCAGCUCCAGCUGAGUCCCCGCCUGCCACAGACACAGCACCCGGCGCUGGUAAAGCGCAGGAUGAGCAGAGCAGCGACGAUGACAGCAGCAGCGAUGAGGAGGGGCCGCCGGCAACAGUGGGGAGGAAGCGGGGCCGUGUCGAGCCGUGUGGCUUCGAGGUGGUGCCCAUUGAGAAUCCAGUGAAAAGAGCCCGUGUCCUGGACGCAGAGGGCCUGGCACUCGGCUCUGUCAUCGCCACCUCCAAAAAGGCCAAACGGGACCUGAUUGAUGACUCCUUCAACAGGUAUUCCUUCAACGAGGAUGAGGGAGAGCUGCCAGAGUGGUUCACAGAGGAGGAGAAGCAGCACCGGCGCAAGCAGAUACCAGUGGACCGGCAGACGGUUGAGGCGUAUCGUCAGCGCUGGCGGGAGAUCAACGCCCGCCCCAUCAAGAAAGUGGCAGAGGCGAAGGCUCGCAAGAAGCGGCGGAUGCUGAAGAAGAUGGAGCAGAUGAAGAAGAAAGCUGAGGCUGUGGUGAGCACGGUGGAUAUCUCGGAGCGGGAGAAGGUGGCCCAGCUGCGGCGCAUCUACAAGAAGGCCGGGCUGGCCAAGGAGAAGCGGCAGGUCACCUACCUGGUGGCUAAGAAAGGCGUAGGACCCCGGGUACGCCGUCCUCCCGGCGUCAAGGGCCAGUUCAAGGUUGUCGACAGCCGCCUCAAGAAGGAUGUGAGGGCUCAGAAGCGCAAAGAGCAGAAGAAAAAACACCAUAAGUGACGUGGGACCAGCGCCGUCCAUGAUGAGGGACUCAGCCUGGGGCAUGGGGCAGGGCUGGCUCCUGUCCUCC